AUGCCAACAGGUGACGACGCCAUCUCCCUCGCAGGCUCGAGCCCGCCAGCGUCACCACAGGUACACGGCUCAUCACUGCCAGGCUCACUGGGCCAGCCGGCGGAUGAAGACUCUAAUGGGGACCAGCAUCCUUCGAGUCCCGCAAGCCUGCCUGCAUCAUCAGUGGUCGAACAAUCUCCAGAACCUGUAGCCGGUCAGAAGCGUCGGGCUCCUGAUACGGAUGGUGAUGUGUCGCAAUACGUCGGCCUUGUGUCCCGGCACUUCAAGCUGAAGAAGACCGACCAUGAUGAACUCACAAAGGUCGCAGCGCGCUCGACCCAUGAGCUCUUGAUCUACAGCACGGCGCAAAUAAUGAAGUUACGAGAACGCAUCGACACCAUCCAGCCGGCAGAUGCCUUGUGGGAGAUUCCAAGGGCACUCCACGCGGAAAUUGAGCAUUACACGUAUGCUGUCCUCUGCUCCCCGGUUCUUCCCACAUAUGUCACAGAAUCAUACCCUAUCAAUGUUGUACUGGCCAUUUUGUCCGCGAAUCCGAGCUGGGGCUUCACCUCUGAGGUCAAGAAUGAUCUCAAGAAGCGAGAGGUUGUUGCAGAGAGAGUGAGGAACCGGCUGACUGAUCGUCGUUCUGCUAUCAAACAUGCGAUCUUACUGUCUCUUGGCCCGGAGAGGCUGACAGAGCUCGAUGCAAUGCAUCUUACGAAGUCGAAGAACAAGCGCGUCACAACCCCGCCGCUCAAGUUGAACAUACUCGAGCUUGCGGCCGAGAUCUCCGCAUUACAUAAGUCAGCGCCGAUCAAGCUCACGCUGGAAGUCUGUGCACGCAUUGCAUAUCUGCGACGCCGGUUCGAGAGGCUGCUUCAGGAGAAACCGAACUUGAAAAAUACCGAACAUUAUUGGAAUGUUGUCGACAAGAAGCUCUCGGAGUUGCGCAAGCAGAAGAACACGCUCGAGGUCUCCAGGUAA